UCUGCAGGACUUCUAUCAAUCUGAAGAUCAGGGAAGCUGGUAAGAGGUAGGAAGAUGAAGAAUGUCCGUACUUUUCUGGAAGAGACCAAACUUGUGUGACACCAUCAAAGAGAGAGAUGGAAAAAGCAUAUCGUUACCCAGAGGGAACGUUUUCUGAUCCAGUUGGGUUUAUGUGAAUAGUGAGUGAAGAUCACACUAGAUGAACCAGUCCUAAUUUAUUACAACACUCGACCACAGCAAUAUUCUGAGCUGAAGUGAUCCUCUUCAACGGUAAAGAUGAUGGAAGAGAGUGGAAUUGAGACGACACCUCCUGUCAGCCCAACACCUCUGACACAAGCCUCUGCAGUCAGCAGCCCACCAAUCACUGCUGGUCUGUCGAGUCCUCCGCCGCUGUCAGGCAGCAGCUCUGUCACCACCGCUUCAUCCUCAGUCCCCGCCCCUCUCCCCUCCAUUCCCUCAUUUCCUCCCUUCAGCAGCCCUCUGACCACGAUCUCUACCUUCCCGUCCCAGCUUCCCCCUGCCCCUGUGUCCACAUUUGCCUCGCCUUUCACCAGCAGUGCCCCUUUCCCUCUUUCUGCUUCUCCAUCUCUGCCACCUCAGACCUCUUCCAUUAGACCUCCUCCGGCAGCUGGUUUGUCAGGUCCUCCUGUCGGCCCGCCCAUAUCACACUUCUCCAUGAGUGCCGGAUAUGAUAUAACACGGGGUCAUGCUGGCCGGACACCCCAGACGCCACUGAUGCCUACAUUCUCUAGUCCUUCUGUGAUGCCAGGCGUGGUGACUAACACCAUGGUUCAGCAGCCCGUCAUGACCGGACGAGUAGAUGCUGGAUCUCCAAUCACUUUCCCAGAGGAGCAGGAGGACCUUCAAGUGUCUGGAGAUGUCAAUACUGGAGGGAGCCUAUGGGGAUUUUUUAAGGGAGUAGCAGGCAACCCUGUUGUGAAGUCGGUCCUUGAUAAAACCAAACACUCUGUGGAGUCCAUGAUCACCACUCUGGACCCUGGCAUGGCUCCAUACAUCAAGUCUGGUGGGGACAUUGACAUCGUGGUGGCUUCAGAUAAGGACAGUAAUGUGGACGCUGUCAGAGAUGCCUUCCAAGAGGUUUUUGGGAUGGCUAUGGUCACUGGAGAGCCCGCUCAGUCCAGCAUUGCUCCACAGCCGGUGGGCUACGCAGCAGGUGUCAAGGGGGCUCAGGAGCGAAUCGACAGCCUGCGUCGAGCCGGUGUGAUCCAUGAGAAGCAGCCUGUUGUCUCUGUGGAAUACUUCGUCGCUGAGCUUUUCCCUGACAAGUGGUUUGACCUCGGCUGUUUAAUCUUGGAGGACCCUUGUCACAACAUCCGCACUGAGGUCUUCACUCAGGCUACUCCUCUGGCGUUAGAAUACAUACAGCAGGCACAGUCCCUGACUCCUCCUGACUACGGCCUGCGCUGGUCUGGUCUGGUCGUCACAGUGGGCGAGGUGCUGGAGCGCUGUCUGCCCAACAUCAACAGAGCGGACUGGCACCAGUCGUUGACGGGAACCAGCCAGCGCCAGAUGAUCCGGAGCGCCGCCAAAGUUCUAGCUGGAAUCUACAAACAGCAGCUGCCCCCCAGGACUCUGUGACACUGAGUGUUUCCUCUUUCUGCCACACGCUGGGAGGAAGUGGGGAUGUGUUAAAGGAUCAAUUAUACCGGGGGACAGCUGGGAUCCAUGUAGCUCCUCAUCUACCCUCUGUUGAUUCAGGAAAAAAUAAAAAAGCAGUUUCUUUUAAAGAUCUUUUUGUUUGUGCCCGUAAACAUUUACUGACAGUUUGUUUUACAGAACGCUGUCACAUCUCCAACCAAUCUUCUGUUUUAUUUUUUUUUAAAUCUCCUAAUCACUCCUAAUCAUGUAGUCAUCAUGUAGUGUGAUUUUAUCACUCAUGUCUGUUGAUAAUUGUUUCUGAACUCUUUAUAUUCCAGUUGUACUAAAUAUUUAAAUAUUGAGGUUUGUAGAAACCCAACAUGGUUCUGGUGUAACUGGACUGAAUGUGAUGCGGAUCUUGUUUGGGUUUGUUUACAGUCGGAGCGCCUGUGUCUUUCUGGAUCACACAAAACCUUAGACUGCACUUUGUACAAGUGCUGACCAUUGUUACACAACUAAUUUACUGUUUAACAAGAUAUCUGUAUCCUGACAUCACUGCCAAAUACAAACCUUCAAAUUCAUUGUUUUAGAGCUUCUAGUUGACCUGCUGUCCACUUUUCAUUUCUAGUGGUAAAACAUUGUAUUUCAGGAUUCUGUCGUCAUGGAUAAACUUUCAAAGUAGUGAAAAUCGGACAUGUUUUUAUGCUUUACAACAUGGUUCAAAUGACUGUUUAUGCUAAAUAUUUGUAAUUAUGUGAUUAUUAAUCUAAAACCUUUUUAAAGGUGCAGUGUGCACAUAAAUCUGGAUCAUCUUUAAGGGCAUUAAGAUCAGAGAAAACUGUUGCACCUUUAGACUUUGAUGCUUAUAAGUGUCUAAAAGUUUUCCCCUUAAUAUUUCCUUUCUAUCAAAACUUUUUUUAUAAACUACUUUAAAACUC